UAGCCGGAAACAGGCAGGCCAUACGGGCUCUGGCAGUGACAAUACGGCUGUAACUGCGAGGAAAACAUAAAAUAUUUUUAAGCCUGGCGUGUGUUCUUUUAUUUUAAAGUCCGGAUGUUGUAGGGGUACAACACUCAUCAGCAUGGUAUACAAUUUGGAGCAUCUCUCGACGAUGCUGAAAGUGCGGGUAUCACUUUUCGCCUUUCUUCUCCUUCUUGUCUCCCUUGGUGAAGCCAGGCUGCACCGGACGCGACGCCUCAGCCCCUCAGCGGCGGAGACGGUAGAAACGUAUAACAAAUACUACAAUUAUGGUGACUUAACCGAGCGUUUACAGGCCUUAGCCCAGAUAUAUCCUCACAUAGCUAACUUAUCAAGCAUAGGUCGGUCUGUGGAGGGCAGGGAGCUCUGGGUGAUGCGUAUUACCAAGGAUCCCGAUAUAGACACGCCGGGGAGACCUAAAUUUAAAUACGUGGGGAACAUGCAUGGUGACGAGACCGUGUCCAGGCAGGUGCUGGUGUACCUCGUGGAGUACCUCCUGGCUUCAUAUGGAGAGGACCCACGUAUUACUGAGCUGGUAAACACCACGGAUAUUUACAUCAUGCCCAGCAUGAACCCUGACGGCUUUGAGAAAUCCACAGAGGGGGACUGCACUGGCGAAAGCGGGGGUAGAAAUAAUGCCAGAAAUAUAGACCUCAACAGAAGCUUUCCUGACCAGUAUGACGGGACGACCGUGACUCCAGAUAGUAUACCUGAGGUCAUGGCUGUGAUCAGAUGGAUCCAGGAGAAGAGGUUCGUGCUGUCUGGGAACCUGCAUGGCGGCACUGUGGUUGCCAGUUACCCUUUUGAUGAUUCAGCCUCCCACCAGCAACGGGGCCGUUACAGCCAGUCAGAGGACGACAGUCUGUUUCGCUACUUGGCUCUGGUGUAUUCUCAGAACCAUCCUGUGAUGAGUACGGGUCAGCCCAAGUGUUUCGAUGCCCCAGAAGAAACUUUUCAAGAUGGCAUCACCAAUGGGGCACAGUGGUAUGAUGUACCUGGGGGGAUGCAGGACUACAACUACCUCUAUGGAAACUGUCUGGAAAUCACCAUGGAGCUGAGCUGCUGCAAAUAUCCUCCUGCAUCUGAGCUCCAUCAUCAAUGGGAUCUGAACAGGGAAUCCCUACUAGCCUACAUGGAAAAGGUCCAUAUAGGUGUUCAUGGCUAUGUGAAAGAGGACAUCACUGGUGCUGCCCUCGCCAAUGUCAGCAUUGUGGUGGCAGGCAUUCGCCACAACCUGACCACUGGGAAGUAUGGGGACUUCUACCGCCUCCUAAUCCCUGGGACAUACAACAUCACAGCUGUGGUCCCAGGAUAUGCGUCACAGACAGUCAACCAUGUCCAGGUCAUGGAAGGGAAAGCCACAGAACUGAACUUUACCUUGGCACCUGUGGUCAGUUGGGCUGCCAGUAGCACCACUGUGCCUACAUCCUCGCUGCCAUCCACAACCACUGAGCCAAGCAUCUCCACUGCCACCAGCGCCACCCGCUUUUCUACCUCCUCCCAGAACUGGAUGGUUCCUACUGUGGAAAUCCAAACUAACCCCCCUUUGCUUCCAAAUGAACACCAAGCCAUCCAGCCACAGGAGUUUCAUCACCACAGCUAUGCAGACAUGGAGCUGUUCUUACGCAAGUACAGCAUCAAGUUCCCCUCUAUUACCCAUCUUCACUCUAUUGGGCACUCCGUAGAAGGCCGUGAGCUCUAUGUGAUGGUCAUCUCCAACAAGCCCACUGUUCAUGAGCAUGGUGAGCCAGAGUUUAAAUAUGUGGCCAACAUGCAUGGUAAUGAAGUGGUGGGUCGAGAGUUGUUGCUCAAUCUCAUUGAGUACCUGUGCCGUAACUAUGGUACUGACCCGGAGGUCACUGAGUUGGUCAACAGCACCCGCAUUCACAUCAUGCCUUCAAUGAACCCUGAUGGCUAUGAGGUAGCCACUGAAGGUGAUGUAAAGGGCUACACAGGGCGCAACAACAGUAACAAUUUUGACCUGAACCGCAACUUUCCAGACCAGUUCGCCACCAUCACAGAGCCCAGACAGCCAGAGACUAUAGCUGUGAUGAACUGGCUGAAGAGCAUCCCCUUUGUCCUGUCAGCCAACCUCCAUGGAGGUUCCUUGGUGGUCAACUACCCUUAUGAUGAUGACAAAGACGGGGCAAUUCAAUACAGCCCGUCGCCUGAUGACAGGGUCUUUCAGCAGUUGUCUAAAGCCUACUCACAGGAAAAUCCUCUGAUGCACAGUGGACACCCUUGUGAGGGCCUGUACCCUGGUGAAUACUUUGAAGAUGGCAUCACCAAUGGUGCCAACUGGUACAAUGUUCCUGGUGGCAUGCAGGACUGGAACUACCUAAACACCAACUGUUUUGAGGUCACCAUUGAAUUGGGUUGUGUAAAGUACCCUAAGGCUAAGGACCUGCCUACCUACUGGGAACAAAAUCGAAGAGCCUUGCUUCAGUUUAUACACCAGGUCCACACUGGAGUAAAGGGCACGGUCUCUGACAGCAGGGAUGGUACAGGGAUUCCCAAUGCCACCAUUAGCGUGGAGGGGAUUGAUCACCACAUCUCCACAGCUCACACUGGGGACUACUGGAGACUGCUGGCCCCUGGCACUUAUCUCAUCCAAGCAUCUGCCCAUGGGUAUGAACCUAGGAUGACCUAUGCCUCAGUCUCAAAAGAUAGAGUGGAGGUGGUGGACUUCAGACUGACACGUUUACACUCAGACCCUAAUGGCCAGUCUACAAACGGCCUUGAACCCACGCAAAACCCAUCUGAGAAGGAGUUUCAGCACUUAAUCAAGGACCUGUCUCUAGGCCAGGGUUUGGAGCAGCUGGUCAAAAGCAUAGCCACAGAGAACACAUUCCGCUACCGACGCUACAAAGAGCUACCCGAUACUUUCAGGAGCUUCACACUUAACUUUCCCAAAAUUACAGCUGUACGCAGUUUGGGCCAAAGUGUAGAGUUUCGAACCAUUUGGGCUCUGGAAAUCUCCAACACACCUCAGGAAGCUGAGCCAUCUAAACCCAAAAUUCGCUUUGUAGCAGGCAUCCAUGGUAAUGCCCCAGUGGGCACCGAGCUACUGCUGGAGUUUGCUACGGUCCUGUGUACCAACUAUGGCAAGAACCCAGUCAUCACUAGACUCAUCAACGAGACCCAGAUUGUUAUUGUGCCCUCUAUCAACCCAGACGGACGAGAACAGGCCAUUGAGAAGCAGUGCGCCUCCACCCAGGGCCUGACCAAUGCAAAUGGCAAAGAUCUGGACACAGAUUUCUUUGGCAAUGCAUCACAGCGUGUGGCAGAGGCCCAACCAGAGACCAGUGCAAUGAUGGAAUUAAUUUUAGAAAAGGGCUACACACUGUCUGUAGCCCUCGAUGGAGGGUCCCUUGUUGCCACGUACCCUUAUGACAAGCCUGUCCAGUCUGUUGAAAAUGAGGGUACAUUGAAGUACUUGGCAGGUGUUUAUGCCAACAACCACCCCAAGAUGCACCUCGGGACCACUGCAUGUUCAAACGAUGGACAGAUGGGCAACAUCCCAGAUGGAGUUAUCAGGGCAGCAGAGAGACAAAGUCACAUGGGGAGCAUGAAGGAUUUCAGCAUGGACUUUGGCCACUGUCCAGAAAUCACAGUGUAUACUGGCUGCUGUUUGUUCCCUCCUGUUGAGCAGCUGGCUUCUCUCUGGGCUGAGAACAAGAAGGCACUCCUAAGCAUGUUGGUGGAGGUCCAUAAAGGGGUGCGUGGUGUGGUGAGGGACAGGAGUGGAAAACCUAUUGUUGGAGCGAUCAUUGUACUGAAUGGAGGAGCGAGAGUCUUCACUACACAGGGCGGCUACUUUCGUGCACUGUUGGGUCCUGGCAGCCACAGCAUUGAAGCUGUAGCUGAUGGCUACCAACAGCAACGUCAAGAGGUGGUGGUCUCUUCCUUUGAAGCUGCUAGCUUCAUCAUUAUUGAGUUUGACAUGGACAACAGUGUCUUUGGCCUGCCCAGAGAGUUUGUGGUGGCAAGUGCAGCGGCCACCAUGACAGCAUUGGUGGUGACGGCAUGCAUCAUCUGGUGUGUGUGCGCGGCCAAGUCUAAUCAUCAAAAGGAUGGCUUUCACCGUUUGCGACAGCACCGAGAUGAUUAUGACGACGAGAUCCGGCUUACGUCUAUGAGCUCCAAGAAGUCGCUGCUCGCGCACGAGUUUCAGGAUGAGAGUGAGAGUGAGGAGGAAACGCUGUACGCCAACAAACUCUGAGAACCACUGCACCAACUUGGCUGCUGGCUCAGUAUUUUCUUCUGAUCUCAUCCCUCUGGCUGUCAAGGAGCAGGUUGAACUUGGGGCAGCUUCUCUGUCUCUCUACUUUGCCGAGACCAAGAGUGAUAAAGACACUUUGUUCAGUUAUACCAACAGGCUUUGAGCACUUACUUCUGGUCACACAGUUAUUAGUGCUAUUAAAUUAAUACUUAAGAACAUCCUGCUGCUGGUGUCUGCAUUUUCGUUCUCUCUCUCUCUCUCUCUGCUUGACUGGUUCAACCGAUGGAGAGAAGGUGACAAAGAAGGCAAAGAAACGGGUUCAGCCCGCUGUGCUUCUCAACUGUCCUCAGCAUCAGUUUUUGAGUCCCAAAGCUUUUUUUUUUUUUUUGUUUCUGAGCCAAGAGUGCUCUUUCAGACCACUGUCUGUCCCGCCCAGCUAAAGGGUCAGGCCAAUAAGUCCAAAUAAACUCUUGCUUUAGUGGUUGUGUAAUGAACUCUGGAUGGAAGUGUUCACAGUCUCCCUGAUGAUGUCUGUCAUGGCCAUGCAUUUUGACCAGUAGUGCUCUGAGUUGGGAAUCUUCUGCUUUUACCCGAGACAGCGUUGCCAUGUUAAAAUGUGAACCUUUGGAAGACUGAAUCCAAUACUGUGCCUUGGCUUCUGUAGAGUUUAGAGUCCGGUUGGGCUGUUGUGUGGAACAAGAUGCAGCAACGGAAUGAAAGGAAUACUUGGGCCAAGUUGCAAUUUGAUCCAUCCUAUUCUCAGGUGGUAGGAAAAGUGAAAUGAUGAUAUAAGGACUCCAAUUCCAAUGCUGCAUUGUUUCUGGCUAACCUGUGUUCAGUAGUUUUUUUUUUUUUUUUUUUUUUUUUUUGUCUCUUCCAUUUCUUCUUUGGUGAGGUGUGGCCAAAAUCAUAAAAGGAGGGAGUUUCUCAAAGGCUUUAAGUCAUUAGGGAGAAUCUAUUACCAAGCUGGAAUGAAACCCUUCUCAGUUAGUGCAGGGUGUUUUAAUAUAUGUGUGGCGAUCACUUGCACUAAAUCUAAAGCGAGAAUCAUCCUUUAUCAUUAGCCAAGAAAAAAAAACUAUAAAUAUCUAAGUAAUCAUGAGAAUGCCCCCCCCCCCCUUUUUUUAAGUAUAAUUUAGGUUUUAGUACAAUUUCAAAUUUUUUGUACAUGGAACCUAACUGCUGACUUUGAUGCAUAUCACGAUGAGUCUCUGCCCUGUUUUUGACACUUUCACCAUAUCCCUUAUCUUUUACUGCCAGUUUUGUUUAUAUCUGAGCAUCUUAGUUUAGGUUUGUCCUACAUUAAUGAUCAUUGUCUAUGAAUCAAUGUCAGUCACCCAUACUAUGUUUUAAAGGUCCAGUGCAAAGAAGGGCAUAUUUUCUGAGCUAAUUUUAAAACAAAGGUCAUAUGGAGCUUAGUCCACUCAACUGUGAUGAUGACUGCAAGCUCAAAAUGCGUCAUCUGAUGAUUAAUUUGCACUCAUUGUGUUUCAGACAAUUGUUUGGGGAGCUGAAAAAGAAGCUACAGAUGAAUUCCUUUAGUGGCUUAAAAGAAACACCGUAGUCUGGUGUGAAAUGAUAAUGAAGUGCUUUACCAUUUCUCAUCAUAUGUAAGGAGUUCAUUAGUCAUUGGAUGAAAGCAUUUGAGUGGGAUACAGGCAAAAUGAGGGAAAGGGUUUGUGUGUAGACUUGCAAGAAAAUUGUGGUUUUCAUCAGAAAUCAAUGUGUAAGUACAAUUAACUGAUUUAG